AUGGAGGGAGAAACGGCUCGCCUGUCGGAAGUCAGUCUGUCCCCAAAUCCAUCUCGCACAGCGGAAAAUGCUUUUUCGUUUCCUCUUGGAGACUUGACAUCCGAUGGAGAGGGCGUCUUCGCGGCGGGUAAUGAUGGCGGCUCCGAUCGUUACAACACUUACGAAGCCAGCGGGGCGACGAGCGAACCUCAGUGGGCAGCAUUUACAAGCGACUUCUCUGGGCUCCUCCACACACCGGACGCGGGUCCCAAUAACAUCAACAUGGACAGAUUGGCAGAGUACUCUUUUUGCAGCAGCGGUUCGCUGACACCAGAUCAAGCUAAUCUUGGGGGCGCCAGCCACGGCAGCUCGCCACCGCAUCGUAGAUGGAGCAACGUUAUCAAGCCACUUGGUGUUCAAGGGCCUCUGGGAGUCCAAGGCGUGCUGAUGACCACGCAGAUCAUCAACAUCGUCGAAGAUUCACUUGCAAACAAGUCCCAAUCGCUAGAGAUGCUGCUAGGCACUAUUCAAAAGGCGAGCGUGGCGCUAAACGGAUUGAUAGGCUUGCAUCACCACAGCGACAACCCGCGCUGCCUGAUGCUGUUCCCAGUGGUUCUGCACCAAGUCGCAGAGCUGAUGGAAGUGGGCAUCGAGUCGCUCGACGCCUUCAACUGGAAGACGGCCGCAGAGGCGUCGGGCACGGCAGCCAGCAACUCGAUCCUGGAGCGCCUCGACAGCCUCAACGACCUGAUUUCCAGCUACCACCCUGCGACCGCGUCUCCGCACAGGGAUGAGGACAAGUGGGACGACUAA